AUGGGCUUCGCGAGCGACGGAAACCAGCUGGGGAUCGACUUCGAUACCUUUCGGAAGGAUGACCACCACGGGGUGCCCAGGUAUCAGAGGCUAGCCGUGGAGGAGAUCUAUUUCGCGGGCCACGAGGCGGAGGAGGAGAGCGUGGCCUUCGUACGCGACUUGGAGAGCGCGAACGAGAAUAUCUGCCAGAAGGACGAUAACUUUCGCCGCCUCGCCGCUCUUCAAAUCUCAUUCUAG